AUGUGUCAAGUUGUCCGGAUGUUUAAGUUCGGCGCUGCCCGCUCACUGUUUAACUUUCUGACGGGACUGGUCAGAACUUCUCUUUCGGUGUUUGCCUGGUUUUUCUAUUAAAGGACCAUUGUUCGUCUUUAAUGUGAACAUUGUUACAUUUCUUUCAAACAGGGUGUGGAGUUGUUAAGGGCGGUUUUGUCUGCCAGUGAAGGAAAUAAGGCCGGGUUCCUUCAAGAGUUUCUCACAACUUUAAAAUCCUCGUUUUUAACCCAUGGCGUGCGAAGUAAACGGUAAUUCCGAUGCGAGGAUAGGAGAAGCCCUGAUCAAAGAGGUCAUAGAGGAGGAGCUGAAGGACGUCCCCUCAGAGGAUGUCCCACCCCUCACUCCGCUCGCUGCCACGGUAGAGAGUGAGCAGGAGCGGAAGCUGGUGACUCAGCUGGCCAAAAUGGUCUGCAUCAUCGGGGACCUGGUCCAAGGCGACCAGGAGCUCAGAGAUGUGAUAGAUGGGGUGGCUCGUUCCUCCGGCUCUAAGUGGGACAACUUUCAGAAAGUGGCAGACAAAGUGUUUGAGCAUGGGAUCACCUGGGAGAGGAUCGCCGUGCUCUUCUACGUCGCCGGCAAGCUAGCUGUGAAGAUGGUGGAGGCUCAUCUCCCCGAGACAGUGAGGGAGAUCCUGAUGUGGACUGUGGAGUUCUUCAAAAAAAAUCUACUGGGCUGGAUUCGAGAUCAUGGAGGAUGGAUCAACAGUUUCUCUGAGCUGGCCAAGUCGUCCGUGCAGAGCGUGUCCACAAUGAGCGCUCACAGCUAUGGCCUCGUCCUCAUCUUCGUCGCCGGCCUGGCUAUAGGAAGCAUCAUCACCUGGAGACUAAGCAGAAACUGACACACACACACACACACACACACACACACACACACACACACACACACACACACACACACACACACACACACUCCAGAACUGUGCAGGAAUGAAUCUUAAACCCGGAAAUUAAUAAGCAUUUUAGCGCUUCCUGGUUCACUCGUCUCAAAUUUUCAUUAAGUGACUUAAUGAGACGACUAAACGUCCUCAUGGCGAACAACCGCCGCCUUUAUCUGACAGGUGAUGGGAAGUCAUGUGAGUAUCAUGGAGUUUGUUAAUGGCCUCAAGCUGCCUUUGCCCUUUUGACUCACAACCAACCAGCUGAAAAAACUACUAACUAACCUCUUGGUGAUCAAAUAGCAAAUCAUGUAUGGUGUGAAGGCAGCUCAUUGUUUACUUCUGGGGAUUGUGUUUACACUCCAACUUUUAUAAGAGUGGUUAUUAUGUGGAGAUUAUCCAUGUGUGUGUUUGCCACAGAUCUUAUUUCAUGCAAUAAUCCAAAAUCCAAUAAAAAAUCCCAUUCCUUUUGUCGAGGGAGCCCUUGUGAUGCUAUCUUCCGGGUCGGCCUUCACAAAUCACUGCACCGCUCUAUACGGGUCAGAGAGUCAUACUCUGCAUUUGCCAAAUAGACCAGAGGGUAUUUUCCUCAAAGUUGUCAUGUGAUGUCCAGCUGCCGUCAUGUCCCGAUCACAUGUUGCCAUGAGAUACCACUCUACCUUCUCUAAUGUUCAUCUAUGCAAACUUGAAAUGAUCUUUUUGCCAGAUAUUUUUCCGGGAGCUAAGGUUUAUUCUCUGUGAAGGAUGUCCUCUGAUGGAGUAGUUGUGUUAUACAUGUCCAAGGUUAAUUUACUGUCAUUCAAGUUUGACAUACUUUAUUCAUCUCCAAUGAGAAUGAAUGACUUUAUUCAAUCGUGUUUUUACACACAUUACACACUCAGGGCUGAUGCAUAUGAACCCAUGCACAAUCAGGACCACAUGCAGGAUUGGAGAGGUGGAAGAGCGAAGGGGCUGCCAGUCAGCCGGCGCCAGAGGGUUGAAAGUGUUCAAGAGUCUGGAAAGUUUGGGUUUAGGUUCCUUAACAGUGCUUAGGAAAGGCUUGCAUUUCAUUUUUAAAAAGCUUGUUGAUAAUAACAGGAAUCAAAGAGUGAGCAACUAAAUGAAAUAAAAAGAUGAGUUUUGAAUUUGGAUUGAAAUACUGAAGCUAUAUACCAUGACAAAUAACGCAUACAAUAAUAUAUUUCAAAUUUUAAGUGGCUUCAGAGUUCUUGAUCUGUUAUGGGGCUGAAGGACAGCAGUUCCCUUUUUUUUCAUUAUAUUAAGGUGUCUUUUCCAUUCAAUCGUUAUGAAAUUCUAUGCCUCCGGUAAACUGUAUUCAAUGUUGAUCAUAACCUGGAUUAUUAGAAGAAAUUCACAAAUAGAACAUCAAUAAAAGAUGCAACAAAGAACUCUUUUGCUGUUGAAGCGAAAGUUUUAACCUUACUCAUUUUAGUCCUUGAAAAAUUCUGCCUCCUAAAAUUGUAAAACCAUAAAGUGAUAAAAUAUUCUAUUUAUAACACCUGUAUUCCACUGGUUUACUUUUAUGGUGGGUUUACGGUUUAUUUGCUCAAUAAAAAAUGUAGGUUAAAUUAUUUUUUAACAGAGCAGGUAGGGUUGUCUUCUCUAAGAUAAGAAUACUCGCACUAAAUGUGUACUUUACAGUACGUGACAGAUUUGUUUUUUCAAGCAGGACUUUAAGCACGUGCGGGACAAAAUAUGAACUUUUAUUUCUGUUUUCAGUGAUAUCGGUUGAGGUUUUGUAUUGGUUCUGGUUUUACUUCAUGCAAUUAUUCACAAUUCAUGUACAGCUCAUGUUCUAUUGUCAUGGUGCAUUGCCUGACCGAUACCUGGUGAUGGUCGAUGUUAUUGGUCAGACUUGGCUUUUUACAGAUCCGUAAAAUCCGUACAGAAAUGCCAAAUGUUAUGUGAGGUCAUUCAGGUGCAGGGUUUCCAUGUCAUGUUUGAAACAUGUUAAUUUCACUCUGUAAAAUGUAUUGUCACUCACAAUCCUAAGAAUAAAAGGCAUUAUUUGAUCAAAAA